AUGGCAAUAAUCUGUUUACUUCUUGUUGUGUUUCAAUUGAGCGACGUUCACGCAGCAUACGAUAUAAAUCGCCAUGCGGAUCGAUCAGUGCUGAAAGAUAAUAUAGAAUAUGGUACAGACGGUUUCGGACAGCAGACACUGACAGAUAUUGAGAAAAGACUUAGUGCACUGGAAUCAGACAACCAUCUUCUAAAGAAUGAAAACCACCAACUACAGACAGAGAAUAUAAACUUGAGACAAGAUGUCCAAACCUUGAAGAAAGAAAAUCAGGAUAUACAAAAACAGUUUCUGCGUCUCGAGAUUGAAACCCAUGGUUUUAUGAAAGUUAUUGAAAACAUCGACGCAACUGUAGGAUCCCUGGAGAGGGAGAGGGAAAAUUCAAACUAUGAUAAAGCGAUGCCAAAGAGCAAUCUACAAGAACCCAUCGUCAGCAGCAGGCCAGAAAAAUCUUCUCUUUCAAACAUUUCAAAAAGUAUACCGACUGAUGUUGACCAAAUGCCACACAUCCCUGUGGAACUCAAUGCUAAUCUGGAACCAAAAGACCCGAAUAAUAUGUCAGAUAUUAAACCGUCUUCCCAGGAUCAAGAGGGGUACAGAAAUCCAUUAUUGGCAGUCCAAAGAGAAAUUAGCAAAGACCUUCGUGUCAGGGUACCCACCACUGGUGUUGCUUUCCAUACACGGCUUUCAUCAAGCAUUUCCGAUAUCCUCGAUAAUCAACCGAUUAUCAUGUCCAACGUCCUCACUAACGAAGGUGCAGGUUAUGACACUUCAACGGGACAUUUCACGUGCCCCGUGUCCGGUGUGUACGCUUUCUUUGUUACAGCCGUGUCAAUCCAUGACAAAUCCAUUGAAUUACAGCUUGUGAAAAACGGAGUUGGCAUUGGUAAUCUUGUUAACGGCAACACUGUUUAUUGGGGGUCAAGUUCUAACGUGGUGAUUGUUUCCGCCCAGGAAAGGGACCACAUAUGGCUUCAGGUUAAUGGACACUUCCAUGAUGACGGUGUUCUUUUAGAUGGCUAUUUUACCACCUUUUCUGGAUUUCUCCUUUUUAGAAAUUAG